UUUCUGGUAUGUUCCCCCCACCCAUUUGGAUAAUUGGGGUUUACCUGUGUGGUGGUGUAAAAUAUCUGUGGUUUUAUAACAGUUUGACACUGUUACUUCUUUGGGGGUCAGGAGAUCUGAGUUCUGUUCCCAACAUUGUUGCUAUGCAGCCGUAAGCAUGUCAUCUCAGUUCUCUGUUCCUCAGUUUUCCCAUAUGUAAAAAGGGGUUAUGGUUACAGUUGGCAAAAAAAGGGAAAACUCUUGUUUAAAAAAAAAAACACCAAAAAAGUCCAUUUUUAUCUCAACUUCAAAUUUCAAGGUUUUCAACCAUGUCCAAUUAUGAUAUUCACCUUCCUUUUAUGAAGUUUGUUGAGAUCAGUAUAACUGUUUUUUAAAAAAACGCCUACAGCCACUAUUCUCAAAUGCGAGUGACAGAGGUUAGCUACUUUGCAGCCGGACCUUUUCAUUGACCUCAGUGGCUCCUCUGAACAUUGGACCACUUAGAGAUUUAGAUUCCUGAGUCUCGGCACUCACAUUUGAAAAAUUUGGCAUUAGCUUUUCAGUGCAUCUUUAAAUCAGGGCAGCAAGUGGUUUCCAGUCUUCUAUACUGCUCCUAUAGUGUUGCUGUCUUGCAGCAACUAACAAAAAACAGUGUGCUCAGAAAUGCCCACUCAAAUUAAAGUCUUAGUUUUAAGAUUCACUUCCUAAUUGGCGUCUUCCCCCUCCUGUCUCCUCUUGUAUGCAUCCAGAGCCCUGAGCAAAGCUGGUGCAGUUUUUGUUUGAAGCACGAGCUAAGGCCCUGACUGCAACCUGAUAUACACUGGCUACUAGUCCUGAACUUAGCCUCUGAACCUCAGUGGAAUUUUGCAUGGGUGUUUUUUGUGGAAGGUUUUGUGGGGCCGCUCUAUAAAGGUCUCACUUAUCACUAAUAAAACACCAUAGGGCCAAUUCUGCAGCCACUCUGCACACAGCUUCCAGUUUCAGGACUUGGGAUUUCCAGUACUUGCAGGGUUGGACCCAUACGGAGCAUAUUCACAUGUUUCAUUCAUAUCAAAUGUUAAUUUCGAGGUGACUUGAUAGAGCGAUUUGAAUGGUGACUUUAUGGGAAGCUCUUUGGUACAAGGCUAACUUGAAGAUCCUAAUGAAUAUGCUCCCAACCCCUUUGCCAUAACCUCAGUGCUGUCCCCAGUGGAGAGGAACGUUACUCAACCUCCCUGAUAAACUCCCUUUCUUGACAUGCCUUAAUACUUUACUGUCUUGUAGCACCUUCUGUUUCAGGAGCGCAAGCCAUUUGCAAACACUGAUGUGGGUGAAUACCUCUGGUUCAGAGUUCGAGGAAACUGAGUUAGCGCGAGAUUACCUAACUUCUAGCAAAGCCUGUGACAGAACCAAGAAUGGAACCCAGGUAUGGCUUUGUUGAGUUUGACGAUCUGCGUGAUGCAGAUGAUGCUGUUUAUGAGCUAAAUGGUAAAGACCUUUGUGGGGAGCGAGUUAUCGUUGAACAUGCCAGGGGCCCCCGGCGUGACAGCAGUUAUGGUUCUGGACGCAGUGGAUAUGGUUAUAGAAGGAGCGGAAGAGAUAAGUACGGUCCUCCCACCCGUACAGAGUACAGAUUGAUCGUGGAAAAUCUGUCAAGCCGUUGCAGUUGGCAAGAUUUGAAGGAUUAUAUGCGUCAGGCAGGCGAAGUGACAUAUGCAGACGCACACAAAGGGAGAAAAAAUGAAGGUGUGAUUGAGUUCAAAUCCUAUUCGGAUAUGAAAAGAGCCCUUGAAAAGCUGGAUGGGACAGAAGUGAAUGGCAGAAAGAUUAGGUUAGUGGAAGACAGGCCUGGAUCCAGACGGCGCCGCUCCUAUUCCAGAAGCCGAAGCCAUUCGAGGUCUCGCUCUCGAAGCAGACACUCUCGUAAGAGCAGGAGCCGUAGUGGCAGUAGCAAAAGCAGCCAUUCCAAGAGUAGAUCAAGAUCCAGGUCUGGGUCCCGUUCCAGAAGCAAGAGCCGUAGCCGAAGCAAGAGCCGUAGCAGAGGCCAGAAGGACAAAAGCCGGAGUCCAAGCAAAGAUGAUAAAAGUAGGAGCCGCAGCAGGAGUGCGGAGAAAACCCAGAGCAAAAGUAAAGACAAAGCAGAGGAUGCCGUCCAGAACAACGACGUCGCAAAAGCAAAGAGCAGGAGCCCCAGCAAGGAAAAGAGUAAGAGUAAAAGUAGGAGCAGGAGUGGGAGCAAGGAGAGAGUGGAGGAAGAGAAGGAGAGCGUGAGGAGGAGUAGGAGUAAGGAGAGGGAGAAGAGCAAGGCCAGGAGCAAGAGCAAGAGCAGAGAGGGGAGUAGGAGCAGGAGUCGUAGUAAGAGUAAGGACAAAAGGAAAGGCAGGAAGAGGAGUAGGGAUGACAGCCGAAGCAGAAGUAGGAGCAGGAGCCACAGCAAGAGUGAGAAAAGCAAAAGGCGCAGCAAGCGAGACAGCAGGUCUAGCAACAAGAAGAAAAAGAAGGAAGACCAAGAGCGGUCCCGGUCCAGGUCCAAGUCUAGGUCUAGAUCCAGGUCCAGAUCGGAGUCCAAGGAAAAGGAGCCGCUAAAACCAGAAUCUGACAAAAAGGAGGUAAAAAAUGAGGGUGAGGAAAUGGACAAAAGUCACGAAUCUCGGUCCAGAUCUAGGUCAAAUUCUAAAUCCAAACCAAAUGUCAAAUCAGAAUCUCGGUCCCGAUCAAAGUCAAUUCCAAAAACUAGGUCCCGGUCCAAGUCUAGAUCUAGGUCUGCCUCUAAAUCCCCAUCCCGAUCUAGAUCAAGAUCUCGUUCGAGGUCCUAAACUUGCUGCAACCACACUUGAAACUAUAUGAAAAGUCUUUUGUACAUGUUUGGUAGUUGUAGCACAAGUGAUUGAAGUAGAACACAUGUCAAUGCUGUACAUUUUUAACUACCCUAAUGGUGUGUCUGUAAUUGUUCAGUACAGGGCUCCCUUUCUGCAAUGCUUUCUGGAUCAAGGCUAUGCAGCUCAUUUGCUGACUUGUAGAAAGAUCCCCUUUAUAACACAAUCCUCACUAGAACACCAAAAUCACCUUGUUUUCCAAGAACAGCCUUACAGAGAGGAAGCGCUGUACUUUGAUGGGUUUAUAAGAUUGGAAUGAUGACUGAUAGGUAGGUAUGGUGACUUCAACUAUUUUUGCCCUUGAACUGAUGCCCUUUGAUGUAUGCCAUUUAGUGAAAGUACUAAGUCUUAAGUUUCAUACUACUUUUGGUUUCAUAUUUUUGGAUUUACAGAGUUGUGAAUAGCACAGUCAAGGAAAUAGAUACCUGCAGUAACCCAUAGGGGAAUAAAAAGUAGAGUUCCAUAUUCUGGUAUUGUGACAAUAUCCUUGUUUUAUAUUAAAUUUUUUUAUUUUAUUUUUCCCCGUCUUGCAAAGUACAGUGAUCCCUGUUUCCAUGAAAUUUGAAUAAAGACUAUUUUUGCUUGA